UAGUUAGGCUAGUGAGAGGGCUGUGAUUUUCAAUGCGCAGAACAGUCAUCGCCAAUGUCUGCAUUACAAGAUCCUUAAACUUUUGGGAAACUCAUAUACGAACACUGUUAGAAGACUUCAGAGACUUUAGAAUACGUUUUAAGGAUCAACUUUAGUAGAUAUGCGCGUUUCCAGAUUUAUUGCUGUGUUUUCGGGAAGCAGAAAAAUACAUCGUUGCCUACUUUUUUUCGCAAGGCUUGGAUAAUUAAUUAAGGGGAGGAACAGGGUUUGGCCUGUUUGGAUUUACCUUUGACUUUUUAUGGCUUUUUGACUUUUUUGUGUACACUUGUUCAGUCGGAUAGACAGAAGAGCAGUUUCUCACAGAUAACACUAUAUUUUAUCUGGAGUCAUGGAUCCGAGCCAGCACAACCCUCCUGCCGGCCACCAGAUCGUCCAUGUUCGGGGAGACUCAGAGACCGAUCUAGAGGCUCUUUUUAACGCUGUGAUGAACCCGAAAAAUGCCAUAGUUCCUCCCUCCGUGCCGAUGAGGAUGAGAAAGCUGCCAGACUCCUUCUUUAAGCCGCCAGAGCCAAAUUCGCACUCCAGACAAGCCAGCACAGAUGCAGGUACUGCUAGUACACUCACACCCCAGCACGUGAGGGCACACUCCUCUCCUGCCUCCUUGCAGCUGGGUGCAGUUUCCCCGGGCGCCCUGAACAACAUGGGUCAAGCGAACCCCCCACCUCAACACCUCCGUCAGUCCUCUUUUGAAAUACCCGAUGAUGUGCCGCUACCGCCAGGCUGGGAGAUGGCCAAGACUCCCUCGGGCCAGAGAUACUUCCUUAACCAUCAUGACCAGACAACAACCUGGCAAGACCCUCGUAAAGCCCUCCUUCAGUUAAACCAAGCCGCCCCGGCCAGCCCAGUGCCUGUGCAGCAACAGAACAUCAUGAACCCUGCCUCAGGUCCUCUUCCUGAUGGCUGGGAGCAAGCUAUUACCUCAGAAGGAGAGAUCUACUACAUCAAUCACAAGAACAAAACCACCUCUUGGCUGGACCCAAGACUUGACCCACGUUUUGCUAUCAACCAGCAGCGAAUUUCCCAGAGUGCUCCAGUGAAGCAAGGCUCCCAGUUGCCCUCCAGCCCACAGAGUGGAGUGAUAGGAGGAAACAACCAGAUCAGACUGCAGCAGAUCCAGAUGGAGAAAGAGAGACUGAGACUCAAACAAGAGCUCCUUCGCCAGAGACCCCAGGAGCUCGCACUGAGAAACCAGCUGCCAACCAGCAUGGAGCAGGAUGGGGGUACUCCGAACCCUGUGUCCUCGCCCGUCAUGGGCCAAGAUGCCCGUAACAUGACAACAAACAGCUCUGACCCUUUCUUAAACAGUGGGACGUAUCACUCCAGGGACGAGAGCACAGACAGUGGCCUAAGCAUGAGCAGUUACAGCGUCCCCCGCACUCCAGACGACUUCCUCAACAGUGUGGAUGAGAUGGAGACAGGCGAUACCCUUGUCCCUGGUUCCAUCGCAACACAGCCCAGCCGUUUCCCGGACUAUCUGGAUGCUAUCCCAGGCACGGACGUGGACCUGGGCACCCUAGAGAGCGAGAGCAUGGCGGUAGAGGGUGAGGAGCUGAUGCCCAGCCUCCAGGAAGCCCUGAGCUCUGACAUCCUCAAUGACAUGGAGUCUGUGCUGGCAGCUACCAAGAUCGACAAGGAGAACUUUCUAACCUGGCUAUAAAGCUCCUGAAUCCAGCACUACGCCUUCUCUUCCAACAUGCUGAUCUGCUGCCUAGUCCAAUCUGUGAAGGAUGUGUAGAUGCUUUGAGUUGAAAAGAAAAGACAUUUCACCUUACUGGACAACUUUCUUUUUUCUUUCUCAUCUUCCAUUCACUACGUUUGGCCGAAUUGGUUUUAAAAGCAGAGGUAUUUUUAAACUUUGGUCCUAUUUUUCGUAUUUCUUUUUUCAUGUCUGCAUCCUCAAGGCUGGCCCAUGAACAGACAAGUAUUCACAAGUACCCAAAUCUCUUUCAUGGCUGUGCUAAAUGACAGCCUGUUGGUGUGUGCGAGUGUGUGUACCUGUGAGAUGGAUGUGAAUUUGUGUGCGUUUCCCCUCAUGAACUCCUCACUGUGUGAACAGAGCCAAGAGAGCACCGGUGUUUACCGGACGAACCCCCUAAAACAGCCUACAACAACCUCCUAUGACUGCAACUUCUCACAACAUCCCUAAUCUCAGCUCAUCUAGAAUCAAAAAAAAUUUUCUCAUAUACACUAAUGAGCCUGAGAAACCAAAAAGCAUUGUACCUGAGGAGGUCAUCUGUAUGUGUUUUCCGACAGGAUUUGCAUACUACGAUUGAAAGGUUAAAAUCAAAGGGUUUCAACGUGUGGUAAAACAAAAGGUAAAACAAAAAACUGCUGCUUGGCUGUGCCAGCAUAUCAUGCUAGAAACUAAUCAAGUGCCUUCGGUUUUGUUUCUUGGACAAAAAAAAAAAGAUGACAAAAAAAUAAAAAAACGUGUUUGUGUCAUUUUACACUAGAUAUCAUGAAUCAUAUUUCUUUUACUUACAUGUUUCAUUAAUCAAAGUUUAUUUCUUUCGAAGGUUUUAUAAAAAAAAAUAUUAUGUUGGGUUUUGUUGUUUUAAGAACCCUAGCCUCUGUGUGUCAGUUUUAUUUAAGCCUGAUUUUGUUUCUUGAGGGUUGUGGCAUUCAUGUGUGAUCAGAAUAAAUCAAAUCUUUUUUUUUUGUUUUCUUGCUUAACUGAUUUAUACAGAACAACUAUUCUAACAGAGCUGCCUUUCAGUAACAUGAAAUAAUUGAUGGAAACACAAUAGAUUGAAGUCAUCAUUUCUGUUUUACUAUAAUCAGAGAUGAUCGUUAGGUGGAAGUCUGUUUUUGAUACAGAUAUCUGCUUCAGCCAAAAGCGAGGAACAAAAUAUCAAGGGCACUUUGAUCAACUAUUAAAAAAAAAAAAACCUUUACGUUUUAAACAGACAUCAAUGUAUGAGCUCCAGUAAAGGUUUGUGCCAGUUAUGUUGAUGCUGUUUGGUGCUAAGACAGAGAUCUGGCAGAAAGAGGAAGGUUCUGCUAAGUUUAAGAAAGGUAGAUGAGCACGUCCUGAGGGUUAGUGGUGUUGAGUAGCUGUUAGCUUGAAAUUGAUUUGGUAACUGUGGAUAUGAAUGAUAGAGUAGACUUUAAAGGAAACAAUCAGUUCUGUCAGGAUUUCAUUCAGUGAGGCUUCCAAAGAUUAUUUUCUCUUUAAAAUUAAAGGGCAAUUAAAAGUAAUGUAUCAUACUUUCUAUGUACACGUAAGGCAUAAGCUACUGAGAAACAGUCUAAUUGAUUUGUCAGGGGAUUUUUAAUGAAGCAUGAUUUGACAGGCCCUCUUAUGCUGGUUUUGAUCCGUACUAAAGACACAAAGUAGGAUACCUAGAAUGGCCUUUUGUUACAUGGUUUACAUUAUUUUGCAGUAGUGGAACACUACCGGAACUUCAAAUUACAAAUUCCCUGCAGAUGCUUUGCAUUCAGCCAUUCAAUAUGAAUAUUUUCUUGUGUUUACAAUAUGGUUAACUUAACACUACACAAUCUUCGCUCAAUGACUGGCCCAUACUCUAAAUGUUUUUUUGUUUUUUUGUUUUUUUUUAUGGUUUAUUUGAGUGAUAUUCUGUGGUCUAUUGGCAUGAAUACACUGCUAAGGUAUAUAACUCAAUUGCCUCAGUAAGGAAAAUUGUAUGAUCAAGUUUUAUGAUCAAAACUGGCAAGCUAGGCCAUAGUAAUCAAAGUUAGAGGUUCUAGAGAAAAUAAAAGUGAAAUAUCUAUUUUUGCAAACAUAGUAUUGAUGGCAGACUCUAGUGGGGUAAAACAGUGUUGGAGAGAGCAAUGCAGCAAAAUGUUUUUAUGAAUUGUGGGUACAGUGCUGGUAUUGCACGUUUAUAGAACAUUGAGUCAAAUGUAUUUGUCACUUAAACAUGAUUUUAUGCUUGCUUAGUGUGCAUCUGUUCAGAUUAUAUAGUAAAUGUUUACUUUUUUUUUUUUUUGUUUUUUGUUUUUUAGUUGUAGUACUAAUCACACAAGUUAAUGGAUUGGUAUUUAAUUUUCUUUAAAUGCACCCAGAAUGAAUUUAUAUACAUUUAUUAUUCUCUCUCUCUUUUUUUUUUUUUUUAAUCAAUGUAUGUGCAUGUACUUUAGAACCUUAAGUUCUGUUUCAUUGUAUCUCUUUACAUAUUACUUUAAAAUUGGCCUGGAAUAAAGU